AUGACCACGAGUUCAUCGAUUGGUGGAAAUCAUCCAAAAUCAUCAUCCGAGUGUUGGCAAGCACGUGAUGCUUGGUGGAAAUGCUUGGACUUAUACGAUAACCGAGAAUCCGAUUGUCAAAAGCAGAUCGAGCAACUUCAUUUGACAUGCAGUCCUUCAUUGGUGCAUUUCUUCGAGGAACGACGUAAGAAAUUAAUUGCUGAGAAGCCUACGCGAAAACUCAUGUUGUCCCAAAAUGCUCUGCAUACCUAUCUGACUGACUUCCGUAAUAACGCGAACCAUAAUUUUUCAUCGCAUCAAACUUCGUUUCCUUUUGAAGGUGAUGAUGAUGAUUGA